AAAGCUGCGCUGCUGUCAGCCUACUGUCUCCUGCCCUCGCCGCCCAGUGCGUCACGACGGUGUCCAGCUCUCGUCCUGAGAUCACCUGCUCCUCCAGUGGGCACUGGAUGCUUCUCCAGCAGGAGGUGAAGGGGUUAAGUCUGACUCUGCAUGCACAGAGCAGGCCUCCCUCCUCCCUCCCUCCUCCCCUCGUCCCUCUCCAUCCAUUCUCGCUGUGUGCAUUUCUGUGUGUGUUGGAGUUUCCAGGGGGGCGAGGGGCUACGCCAUCUGCAAGCCCUGCGCCUGGAUUUGUGAUAUGCGCACACACACACACACACACACAACUUAGUUUGAUAACAACACCAGGGCACCGCCUCGCGUUCGUUUUUGGAUUCAGUCGGACUACAUAGGCUCUAAACAUCUUCCCUUUUGGUUUCAACUGGUUCCUUCCCCGCUCUGUCCGAAAGCUCGGUCGGGACAUGCCGAGAGGCGUUUCUUCCUCCAGCCCGGAGCCUCCCCAAGUCGGGAUCCCGCUGACGCGCCAUGGCAUGACGGAACACUCUUGUGGACGUCUGUGAAGUUACCUAGGGGAGGACGACUUCAUUGCAUUUUUCCGCUGACCUCAGCUCUAACGAGCCGACUUGCCCGAGGCGACACAGCGGGCUGGCCUGCUGUCAGACUUUCCUGAAUUGGUCCCACCUGUAAAACACCACAGCCAUCAUGCAGACCUCGUCGCUCCGCCGGCAGAUGAAGAACAUGGUCAACAACUACACAGAGGCCGAGAUCAAGGUCCGAGAGGCCACCUCCAACGACCACUGGGGGCCUCCCAGCACGCUCAUGUCCGAAAUCGCAGACCUGACCUUCAACGUGGUGGCUUUCGCCGAGGUUAUGGGUAUGAUCUGGAAGCGGCUUAACGACCACGGUAAAAACUGGCGCCAUGUUUACAAGGCACUGACCCUAGUGGACUACCUGAUCAAAACGGGCUCAGAGUCCGUGGCCCAGGAGUGCCGCGAGAGCAUCUACACCAUCCAGACACUGAGAGACUUCCAGUACAUCGACCGGGACGGACGUGACCAGGGCAUCAAUGUCCGAGAGAAGGCCAAGCAGCUGGUGGUUCUGUUGAGGGACGAGGAAAAGCUGAAGAAGGAAAGGAGCCAGGCACUGAAGACCAAGACGCGCAUGACCGGGGUCAGCAGUAGCUCAGGCUCUGGAUCCUUGCCGCCUCCUUACCCAGGACACCGCAAUAGCCAGCCCAGCUCAGCAGGGGUCUAUGGGGAUGACUCCAGGAGGUGCAGGGGCUCACCAUCCUCCUUUAACUCAUCCUCUUCCUCUCCUCAUCUCGCUCCGGACCUGGAGCAAGCUCGGCCCGCGACCAGCGGAGAGGAGGAGCUGCAGCUGCAGCUGGCCCUGGCUAUGAGCCGAGAAGAAAGUGAAAAGCCACCUCCCCCUGUGGACAUUGAUGAACAGACCCAGCUCCGGAUCGCUAUGACUCUCAGCAAGGAGGAGGCACAGAAGCCAGUCCAAUGUGCACCUGCUGCCCCGGUGGAUAUGGAUGAGGACACCCAGCUGCAGUUAGCCCUGAACCUGAGUAAGGAGGAGCACCAGCAGGAACAACUCAGUCGCCAAGGGGACGAGUCGAUGCUCCAGAAAGCUUUGGAGGAGAGCAAGCGCCAGUUGGAGUCCAAAGGCGGGACCGCCUUCAUGGACCUGGUAGAUGUUUUUGCAGUGCCCUCAGAUCUGCCUUCUGGUGACCACAGCUGGAAUAAUACCGCACAGCAGGCGGCAGCACGACCUGGGGGCACAGACCCAUGGGAUGCCCUGGAAGGCAGCACUAACAUCCAAAGAGUGGAUUCUCCAUGGAUGGUGCCACCCACGUCCAGCAGCCCUCCCCCACCAUGGGAGCCCCCGACUGAACCCUGGGAUGUCCCACCGAGCUAUGUCUCCAGCCUCAACACCACCGGCGGCGUGUGGGCUUCCCCUUCAAACACAGCUUCCCCGAGAGUUGAUCCUUUCUCAGCCCCAUCAGAGGGAACUGCACUUGCAGGAGCUUUUGCCCGAACUGGAAGCCCCUCCGAUGGGGAUCUGUUUGAUGAGGCCAUGGAUGGCGGUCAGGUGAAUGUCAAUGGCCGGGGGCAGUGCAGUCCAGAGCUCUUUGACCUGUCGUGUCUUGGGGAAAGUCUGGCUGCCCCUAGCCCUCGUACAUGCCGGACUCCUGAGACCUUCCUGGACCCCACAGCAGCAUCCUUGGUAAACCUGGACAGCUUGAUCCCAGCAAAUCCCCCAGGCAAGACCAAGAACCCCUUUUUAUCAGGCCUGAGUGCCCCUUCAGCCACAAAUCCAUUCCAAACCGAGCAGCCCAAACUAACUCUGCAUCAAAUGGGCUCCGGCUCCACCUCUUUGGCUCCUCACAACACAUCUCUUCCGUACAGCGCCUCCUUGCCUCUGCCCACGAGCCACCAGCCUGCCAGCCUCCCAUCGUCACUCACCCACCCCACCCAGCCGGGUGUGGGCCUGCCAGGGAACCUCCCUGAGCCCUUGUUGCCCUUCUCUUCAGCCAGCACUCAGGGAUCCCAGGCUGCACAGAGCAGUCAGAACCCUUUCUUAUGAGGAACAAGUAAACUGGGGAGAAAUCUUUUACGCAAAAAGAGAAUUUCAGAUUAGGUUACGCUCUCGAAAUACCACUCUUAACUGCAGACCAAACUGUUGCCCCGAGGACUUUUAUGAAAACCCUACUCUUAGUUGUUUUUAUAUUGUGGUAUAAUACAGUAAUCCUUAGAUUGAUGCAAGAUGGUUCUGCUCUUCACUAAAACAGCCUGUCCAGUCACAAAUGCUGUAACAGAAGCACAGUUUGAUAAUAUUUUGUUGUCUCUGCACAUCCAUUAUAACCAAGCAUAUGUUUUGCGGCUUUUCAACGAGUCAACAGAUCUGCUCACUCAAAUGUCUGUAUUAUUGGCUUAGCUGCUGUCUUAUUCCCUGGCUCCAAAAAAACCAAAACUGAUUUCCAUAAACUGGCAACAAUUUUUAAGACAUGUCCAGCCCUUGAAAUGAUACUACAUUAAACUGCAUCAUUAAUUCUGUGGCGCUUCUUUUGGACCAGAAUUGAUGAGAAACAUUACUGUAAAUAUAAUUUCACUAUGAAAAAAUUAAUUGCUGGGGUUGAGUGAAUGGAAUUACAAUUUGGGAGGACUGUACAUAUUUCAGAAUGAACUACAAGCAAGGCGACAGUAGAAGAUGUAUGAAUCUGAGUUUUUUCAUUGCAUGUGAACUCUCAAAUAUAAGGGUAUAAUUAUGA